AUGGCGGCGGCCCCGCUGUACUGUGUCUGCCGGCAGCCCUACGAUGUGAGCCGGUUUAUGAUCGAGUGCGACAUCUGCAAAGACUGGUUCCACGGCAGCUGCGUGCAGGUAGAAGAGCAUCAUGCCGUGGACAUCGAUGUUUACCACUGUCCCAACUGUGAUGCCGUAAACGGACCCUCCCUGAUGAAAAGGCGAAACAACUGGCACAGGCACGAUUACACAGAGGCCGACAAUGGAUCGAAGCCUGUUCAAGCUGGCACCCCAGUGUUCGUCAAGGACCUGCAGAACAGAGCCUUUGCCAGCGGUGAUGAGAUUCUGAUGCGGAUGAAAGGCGAGCAAGUGACGCCCAGGUACCUGGAGAGACACGGCUUCAACUACCCCAUCCAGGUCACCGAGAUGGAGGGUCUGGGACUCAAACUCCCGGCCCCUGCUUUCUCUGUCAAAGACGUGGAGCAGUAUGUGGGCACCAACAAAGUCAUUGAUGUGAUAGACGUGGCUCGGCAGGCGGACAGCAAGAUGAAGCUCGGCGAGUUCAUCAAGUAUUUCACCAAGUCCCAACGACUCAAGGUGCUCAACCUCAUCAGCCUGGAGUUCUCUGACUCUAAGAUGUCUGAGUUGGUGGAGGUUCCCGACGUGGCUCAGCAAAUGUCCUGGGUUGAGAACUACUGGCCGGAGGAUUCCUUUUUCCCCAAGCCCUUUGUCCAGAAGUACUGCCUUAUGGGGGUCAAGGACAGCUACACAGAUUUCCACAUAGACUUCGGAGGCACCUCCGUCUGGUACCAUGUUCUCUGGGGUGAAAAGAUCUUCUACUUGAUCAAGCCCACUCCUGCCAACCUUGCACUAUAUGAGGCAUGGAGCUCCUCGCCCAAUCAGAGUGAAGUGUUCUUUGGGGACAAAGUGGAGAAGUGCUACAAGUGCGUCGUCACCCAAGGAACCACCCUGCUCAUCCCUACAGGAUGGAUCCAUGCUGUUCUCACAUCUCAGGAUUGCAUGGCGUUUGGAGGGAACUUCCUUCAUAACCUCAAUAUUGGCAUGCAGCUCAGGUGUUAUGAAAUGGAGCGUCGGCUGAAAACGCCAGACCUCUUUAAGUUUCCGUACUUUGAGGCCAUCUGCUGGUACGUGGCCAAGAACCUGCUGGAAAUGCUCAAAGAGCUCCGUGAGGACAACUGUCCACCAUCAACCUACCUGGUGGAGGGAGUCAAGGCUUUAAUCAGUGCACUGAAGACCUGGUUGAAAAGAGAGGAGACUGAACCCAACAGUGAGGUACCGGAUAAUAUCAGGCCCAACCAUCUCAUUAAAGAGCUGACCAAGGAAAUCCGCUUCUUGGAGGAGGAACCAGUCAGUGUUAGCAAGCCAGUGAAAUCUCAGGGAAGCGGGUGCGGUCCAGCAUCGGGAUCGAACGCCUGCCCGGCCACUCGGUCCACGCUGGAGAAGGUGAGCCAGGCGCGGCGGGCGCGGCGAGCUGCCAGGCGGCUGAGGGAGCAGCAGCGGGAGGCGCCCAAAGUGCCCUCCAACCUGGACAUCUUAGAGCAGCACACCAGGGAGGUGCUGAGGAGGCUGGAGGUGGGGCCGCUCGAUGAGGAUCCAGCGUUCUGUGCCAAGGUUCAUGGGAAGCUCAACAAAGUGUCGACGGCAUCGGCCAUUGCUGCGGCUGCGGAGUCGUUAGAGGACAACCACCUCCGGCUGAUGCUGGUCAACGGCAGAAUCAUCAGCAGAGACAUGAGGCGACCAGGCAGCAGCCCGGUGAAGACGGAGGAUGAACGGUCAUCUGUUGGCCAGUGUCCACCAAAGAGUUGUGUGGAUGUGAAGUCGGAGUGGACGCAGGAGGAGCACAGCACAGUCGACAGGCCCUCACUUCUCGCAGGUCUGGAACGGGUGAAGACUGAACUCAGGGAAGAAGUCUCAGGAGACUCGAGUGUUUCAGAUGUGGAGUCAGACAGUGACUCUCCCACAGAGCGUAAAGCAUCAUCGUCGUCAUCAUCAUCGUCGUCCUCGUCUGAUGGAGAUUCAGAAAGCUCCCCGGAGGAGGAAGAGGAGGAGACGGGCUCAUCUCAGCAGAAAGGCUCAGGGCACGUCAUCGAGCUGGACCCGUCAGGCCACAAACUCAGGCACAAACACAAACCACUCAAACGAGACCGUCCUACCUCACCCAGCACAGAAGAGGCCAUUCAGGGGAUGCUGUCCAUGGCUGGCCUGCUGUGCUCCCCCAAGCCGGAGAAGGGGGCCUCGUCCCAGGAGCCCUGGUGGUCCAGCCCGAGCUCGCGGAUGGAGCCGAGGGAGCCGGGGCAGCACCAGCGCCUCCUGCAGGGGGACAAGAGCCCGAUGGACAGCCAGGGCAACAGCAGCAGCGAGGCCUGGGACAAUCAGGGGCUCCCCAGCCCCCCCAGUCAGAGCCACGCCCCCAGUCCAGAGACGGACUUCCAGUACUGUGACCCCUCCAUGUCUCCUCCGCUGCACCCUUCCAAGAGACACGCCCCCAACCCCCAACCAAUCAGCAAUCAGGCCACAAAAGGCAAGCGGCCCAAAAAAGGAAUGGCCACAGCCAAGCAGAGACUGGGAAAGAUCCUGAAACUCAACAGGAGUCGUGUGUUUGUGUAAAACUUCAGAAAACAACACAUGUGAAAGAACGAAAAAAGAGGCUGGGGGAUUGUAUUCUCCAUGGAAAAACAAAAAAGAACCAUGUGUGUAUUUGUUACUGGACACUUUUGUGCUGUAGAAAACAUGAGGGGGGGGGCUCGGUGCCUGGAGUUCACCAAGACUCUGCGUAAAAAAAACAAACUCACUGUGCAUGCUUAGGAGACAGGGUAUUGGAUCUGAAACAAGCGAGUGCACGACGUCACUACAAGCACACUAAGAACAAAACAGAACCGAGGAGAAACGAGCAUGUUGUGACGCUUUCUGCUGCAGGGAAAAAAAAAAAAACCCGGCGGACUGAACCUCCCGGGGGCAUUAAGGACUUAAGUCGACCACACGAAGCGACUAAAAGACAUUCGCCGACACAUCUACUGCUUCCGAUGCCAAGAUCCAUUCGCGUCACGUUUGCUAGAACACACCCCCUCUCCGGAGAACCCCCCCCCCCCAGGAUGAUGGAGCCGCAGAGCUUCUUCUUUUGUGUUGCUCUGCGAGGAAAACGAGGUGCUUGAGGAGGAGGUGAACUGAAAUUUCUAAAUGGUGCUUAUUUGUUUGUACUUUUCGCCACUCAUGCUCGUCUCUUCCUGCCCUCCACCGCCUCCCCCUGACCCUCCCCCCUCCCCACUUUUUAUCUCAAUCACACCAGCAAUAAUGACGUAGAGGAGGAAGGUGAGAGGCAGCAUGUCGGCUGCGCACUUCCCUGUUUGUAAAAAGAAAAUAGGUGCAUUACAAACCUUCUCUCAGACCUGCACUGUCUCUGGUGAUUCAUUAGAGAGGGAGUCUCGUCUUUCUGGGUAGUUAUUAAGGGAAGUCGCUCCGAGUGCUGCCUCCUAGUGAAAUAGUUUUGAAUAGGAAUUACGAGUCAUUCGACAGAGAAGCAACUCGCAUGUUAUCCUGCUUAAUUUAUUUCUUGUUUUAUCUGUGAUGUUUUUUUAAACGUGUUAUUUUUAUGGAAUUCUGAAUGAUGUAUUUAUUAAUUGAAAGAGAUGAUUUUAUUUUAUUUCGACCCUGAAACUUCGGCUUAUUCCGAGGUUGUCUUUUUUCUUAACUUUUAUUGUUUUCUUCUUUUCUUUUUUAUCUUUAACAUACUUUUUUGUAAAUGUGGAUGUUUUUAGAGUUCGUGUGAUCAUCUGUCGAGUAGCAGUUUACAUACAGAAUCUUUUUUAUCAUCACAGCUCUUUCUUUUCCCCGCUGCCCGGUCGAGUAGAUCCUGUGUUGAUUCUCGUCUCUUCUUGUUCGGGGUCGAUGUGUGAAUAUAGACAAGUUUUUUGGUUGAGAACAUCGACACCUGAGCUUUUUCCAACUAGUGCCACUUAUCAUUUAGCAAAAAAAAACAAAACAGGAGUAUUCUGAGCCACUGUGGUCGAUCCAAAGUAGUUGAUGUAUUCAGAAGUGAAACUUUGAGGAACUUCAACAGGAUGCGUGAGGUUUUUUAUAUUUUGAAGUAAUACCAGUGCUGAUGUGAUGUGUGAUUUGCUUGAGGUGCGCAGUUCUUCACUCUCAGGGAUUGAUGCCAUGGACAUAACUUUCGAUUAGCCACCAGCCACGUCACAGAGGAAACAGGAUGUUCUCGACUCUUUCAGCUUCUCCUUCUGCUCGGGAGCUGCUGAGCUUUGCUUGUUUUGACAAAGAAGACUUCAUGGUUUUCUAGUUGUGAGGAUGAGCCAUCAGUCAUUACUUCUGUUCACAUGAAUUUGGUUCUGUCCCCUCGCUCUGUGUUUCUCUGUGUGACACUUUGACUCUAAAAUACUUUCCGCGCAUGUAAAUGCCAUCGAACUGUUGCCAAGUAGCUUUACCUCAUUUAACAGCGUGAGACUUUUGAAAGCUUUGCUCAGGUUGAACUUGUUGUGCACGUGAACCAAGUGAAGCAAGUGACUCUUCACUCAGCUCUGAUGGUGUUUCACACAAUCCAAAACAAACUUAUUUCCUCUGCUGUUUUCUGACACUACACUUGAACCUUUCUACAGAAACGGACAUGGAAUCGUAACAUAUACAGUCCUGUGUUUUCCAGUGAUGAUGAGAUAAUUAACUUGAGGUAACAAAUGAACUAUUUAAUUAUCUCUUGAUUAACUUAGCUUUCAUCACAGGAAAAGGGAGGAGACAAGAUGUAUGAUUCCAAUUUGAAGGUUUCUGUUCCUGCACUCUUUGCAUGUUAAGUAAUUUUUAAAAACACGAGCUGGCCCGCAGGCAGGGUUUCUUCUCAGCUGUAGUUUUCAUCGCACAGGAUCUGUCCUCUUCUUUUAGCUUUUAUAUGCAGCUCUCUCUCUUGGCAUUUGUGUUUGUGCGUUGGUUUUUUCCAGAUUUGAAUGGCUUAUGAUUUAAAAUAUACAAACACUGGCUAACUGUGACACUGUUAAUGCAUUUUUUCCCCUGCAUUUCAAAAAAUGCGUGUAAAUAAAAAUAAUGAAAUUA